AUGCGCGCGGUAGUCUUUCUCCCUCCCCCGCGGCUGGCCGACUUUGCCCUUGCACGACUCACCUCCAUCCACCCGGACGUUGUACCCGACUCGGUGGACCCUGCGGCUGCCUCACUCGACGAUUCGAGCGUUUCCUCGGUAGACGUCCCCCCCGGCGUGCCUUGGGAAGUUCUCCACCCGCGGCUGCUCGACGAGACGCGCGAAGGGGGAAGAAAGAGGGUGCGUAUCGAUUCGCCCGUGAUCGUGAUCGAGACGCCCACACGCCCCAUCAGCAUCGCCCCGGUGGUGGAUCGAAUCGCUACAGAGACGACGGAGGAAGAGGGCGAUACAAGCAAGGUCAUCGUGGGUCCUGAUAGCGAUGAAGAGGUCUCGCCCAAUAUUUCACUCUUGCAAAAGGUACCCACAAUACGGGCGGAUGUGGGUACUGCAUCGGUCGAUGAGCAGGUGCGCUCGGCAUCGCAAUCGGCAUCGUCGCUUCAAGUUCGCGCGCCACGACCCGCACACGCACCGCCACCCACUUGCCGCUUCACCUUCUUCAGACGUGCCUCGCACGUCUCAUCUGCAAGCGUCUCAGCAGCACAUACUACAUCGCACGACACUUCUGAGGCACUCCCACCAGAGCAAGAGGGGGCUGUGGACCACCACGCAGGCGGUGUCAACUUGCUGCGCACGCUUCCGGCGAUGAACGCAUACGAAGCCUCGUUCAACCCUCCCUCUGGCGGCGAAGACGAAGCUGGUUGCCAAGGCGAAGGCUCUCUGGGCGAUUCGAUCGUCCCACCCCCAACGCUGCACUUUACCCUUGCGCAGAUCACUUCUCUCUCCUCGAUCCUCUCCCCCCACUCCCACCCUCGCCGUGAAACGCCCGGUGCAGCCUCUUCGCGCCUCAACCUGCUCGUCGUCAUUCGCGAAAUCGGCUAUUCAACCCGCGUUCGUCGCCUCAACACAACCACGACCCGCCUCGAACUGCUCGUCAUGGACGGCGCCCUCACCCGAUCGGGCGUUGAAAAGCACCUUCUCAAACUCGUCCUUUGGGACCACCUCACCCUAACCCCACUCCAACCGGGAGACGUAGUGUACGUCCAAAACGUCUCGAUCCAACCGCCCGACCCCAAACCCCGUCUCGGUCCCGGCUUCCCCAGAGCCACCGUCGCCCAUGCAGCACACAGCCACAACUCGAGCAUCCAACUCUGCUACCGCUCCAACCCCACACACCCCUCCGACGCAGCCCUCAACUUCGACCCCGCCAUCGCAGCCUUCGACGCCAAGUCGAAUCGCAUCCUCCAGCUCGUCGAGCUUUGGAAUCACACCCCCACCUAA